CGGCUGAAGCACGGCGCGCCGAUGUGUUCGUGUGUUGAACCGCCAUUGUUUUAUCGCUGAUGGGAUUCCUUCAGGAGCGACCUGGCGCCUAACCCCUCUAAGGUACUCUCUCCAAAACAGCAAGCAACUUGAUAAAGAACAUCUCUUCAGAGAUCAGGAUGGACGCUAAAGCUGUGAUGUUUUGCAAGUUUUUGAUGUCGAUUCUGAGAACUCACUAACUUCUGGAACAUAAACUUCGCAUAGUUUGAGGAUUUAUUACACAGCUGUGGUUUCUGACAUACCAGUGCUCCAGGAAAAGUAAUGGAGACAGAAGAGAGGGAGGAUGUUUCACAAAAACACGCAGCUAAUAUAAAGGUAGAGACAGAGGAAGAUGUGACCUCUGGCCACACAUGUGGGGUGUGUGGCCGCAGCUUUCCUCUUCUCAGCUCUUUGUCCCAGCACAUGAGAAGACACACAAGAGAGAAGCCGUACAAGUGUCCAUACUGUGAGCACAGGACGGCUCAGAAGGGCAGUCUGAAAGCCCACAUCCGAAGCCAUAAACUGGGCCUAUUCGGCCAUAACCCCAGUGACAAGGAGGGGGAUGGAAAUCAGGAGCAGAAAGAUAACGUGGAGACCCCUGACCCUCCUGAAAUCAUCGGCACAUCUGACAAAGCCCAUAAUGUCAACGGGAAGGUGAAGAAGAAAGGGACCAAGAAAAAAGUUAAGGGUAAAGACAGUGUCGAGGCUGGUGAUGCUGGGUCUUUUUCCUGCACCAUUUGUGGCCAGGUUUUCCCUCAGGUACUACUCCUUAAAUCCCACAUGAAAAGGCACCGGAGCUCCCAGGAUCACGGUUGCCGGAUAUGUGGUCGCCGCUUCCGCCAGGCAUGGUUCCUCCAAAGUCAUAUGCGCAUUCAUCGGGUCAAGGCCCAGCUGCGGGGUGGCAAAAGCAACGAGCCGCCAGCCACAAUCAAUGGAGUUCCCCAGGACCCAGCAUCCCUGAUAAAUGAGGAGUGCCUCUAUGAGCUCUGUGCUGGCUGCGGUAACUUCUUCUAUGACUGCCAGACCUUGCGAAUACAUGAGAAGCUACAUAAACUGAACCACAGCCGUACUCAGACACAAAAUCCACCACAAGUACACCACGAGGCCUCUGAGCUGCACAUUGCUAAGAGGAAUUUUUUGGAAAGCCUGAAUCUCACACGUGUUGGAGCGAGGGAUACACCUGAGGAAAAGAGCCUGGGCAGGCGAAUUCCAGAGCUUGAUCCAGUUUGUAGUUACCAAGCGUGGCAGUUGGCCACAAGGGGCCGACUAGUGGAGGCCACAGAGAAAUGCCUGGGAUGGGAGGAGAGACUAGCUGACGCAGAGGUGGCAUAUGACAUUGAGAAGGGUGAGUAUGUCCCCCUGAAGCAGGAGAAGAAGAGGAAGCAAAUCGACACAUCUAGCUCCAACAUUAAGAAGAGGAAGGGUGAUACAAGCCUUGAUCACACAUCAAACAGCAUAGCUCACACUAAAGGUGGCGACAAGAGAAUUUGCCAGAAGGAUCGUAUUUUGUUAAACGGACUUGGUCAUGCAUUUUAUGAAGCGCUGCAGACUAAGAAGAUCAAAGAAGUUCACUUUUCACCCAAACAGACCAACAGUGUCAGGAGCCAGGACCAGGAGGAUAAAAAAGCCUACUUCUGUGAGCACUGUGAUUUCCACACUGUCGACGCCUCACUACUCAGGUCUCACCUGCACAAGCAGCACCCGGACUUCCUAGGGCCCCACAGCAAACACAGCACCAUUUUGGACAACAUAAACCAGAGUGGUUCCAAAGCCUCAAGAUACAUGGACUACCUCAGAAACAGGAGUGUGUUACUCAGUCAGCCAUACUGGAAUCCUUACACAUGUCCGCCUGGCCAAGGGUCAGCAGAGUCAAACAUUAAAACAGACAGGUCAAAUGGUACAGAGUUCAAAGGGCAGGGACAUACUAAUAAUGAUGCUGACAGUCUUCUCAAUUUGUCUGCAUUACCUGUAAGUGAAGGAGACAGCACUGUUAAUUACCCAAUAAAAACAGAGGGCCUGGUGAAACAUCAGUGCCCAUACUGCUCUCACACAACCAACUACCCAGAAGUACUGUGGAUCCAUCAGCGAGUUGCACACAGGGUGGAUGUCAGCAGCUCCGUGGCGCCCAAGUGGGCACCCUCCACUAACAAUCUCAAGAGUUUAAAGGCAAGUGCUCCCCAGUGGAGACGCACAGGGCCUCCACCGUUCCUCGAGGGCAAGGACUGUCCAGCUUUACCCGCUCCAAGAACUCAGCGCACACAGCCCCCAGGCUUCUCAACACCUAGCAGCAGCAGUAGUAACAGCAGCGGCAGCAAGCACUCGGCAAGAACCCAGUCUCAAUCUAAAACCCAAUCAGGUGUCUCUAAGUCCAAGCAUCAGACAAAGGACUCACGCUCUUCAGAUGGGACAGUCUCUAGUGGGAGGGUGGGACUUCUACCUCAAAAGAAGUCUGGUGGACAUAACCGGGCAGUGGAGGGGGGAAGUAAAGGCUCCAGCGCCCAGGCUACUUCAUCAAGGAGUAUUGUGCAUAACAAGAGUGUCUCUAGUUUCCAGCCUACCAGCAGCCCGAAACACAGAGUCCACAGAGCUGCAGUGGAGGGAAACUUCCCUCAAGAGGGUUUGGGUUUUAUGUUGGCCAGGAAUCAUGGCGGGACUUCUUCUAACACAGCUGCAGAUAGACUCCAUCUCCGCAGGCAGUCAUGUGACUCCUCUUCAGGUCUUAAGGGUCCUGAUCUGUGGGCUGCCAUGAACAUGUGGGGGCUACAUGGAAGCAAAGCAUAUUUAGAACCACUCCUUUUUGCUCAGGGAAAGAAUGAGUCAACGGGAGAAAUGCCAAUGGACGUUGAUAUUUUGGGUCUCCUGAAGAACUACAGUCCCCACGAUCUGGCUGCUCUCUAUCAGCACUGGGGGUUUGUCGACCCCAGGGUUGAUCCACAAGCAAUGUUGCCGUUAAAUGGAGAUUUUGGAAAUGAAGUCCAUUCCUCCUCUGAAGCUUCCAAACAGGUGAGCAGCCGCUCCACUUCCUCCUCAGGGUCUCUUCAUAAAGGAACGUGAAAACACAUCGUGUUCCCGUUGGCUUCCAGCUUGCACGAUACUAACUGCUGAACAAAGAGGCCUGUUCUUUAAAUGAACCAGCCAUAACUCCUAAAGGACAUGGGCAGUGGAUAAUGCACAAUAUAUGCAAAGCAAUGAGGUGGACUGAUUAUUUUGUCAUUGUGUAUGGUUGUUCUAUUUGAAGUGUUAGGCAUGCUUUUUGUUUUUUAAGGAUGUAGAUAGUAGUUACGGAAACACACAUGGAGAAAUGUUCUGUGGAAGUGAGGCUGAAUGAUUUAGGCUUAUUGCCUAGAAAUAUAAAUGAUAGGAAGACACUGUAUGGGAACAACAGCUCAGG